AUCGCUCCAUUUGAACUAUAGAAAACGAUUCUCGACGAUGUUCAGGGUAGAUGGUUUAAACUAAUUUUGCCAAGAAACGUGCUAACGUGAUUUCUAGCUCUAUCCAUUCUACGAAAUAACAGAACAAACCAAAAUUUGACCAGUAUAGCAUAAAAAAAAUGAUUGAUCUACGAGAUGAGAAUUCAAAGAGUACAAUAAAUAAUGGGAAAUAUGGUAAUUUAAAUAUACCAGUUUCAUCACAACAAGGGUUAGCACCGCUCAGUCCUUAUUUAAAUUUUGAUCCUGCUUACCUUCCUCCAAGCCAACCGGAAUAUAUAUUUCCGGAAGGAGCUGCAAAACGAAGAGGAAGAUUUGAACUAGCUUUUAGUCAGAUUGGUGCAGCGUGUAUCAUAGGAGCUGGUAUUGGAGGUGCAACUGGUUUAUAUAGAGGCAUUAAAGCAACGUCUUUAGCCGAGCAAACUGGAAAACUUAGAAGAACUCAAUUAAUCAACCAUGUUAUGAAAAGUGGUUCGUCAUUAGCAAAUACAUUUGGAAUAGUGUCUGUAAUGUAUAGUGGAUUUGGUGUGCUCUUAUCUUGGGCCAGGGGUACGGAUGAUUCUUUAAACACUUUAACAGCAGCAGCUGGGACAGGCAUGUUGUUCAAAUCUACAACUGGCUUGAAAAAAUGUGCAUUAGGUGGUUGUAUAGGACUAGGAAUAGCGUCUAUAUACUGUCUAUGGAGUAAUCGGGAAACGUUGUUGGAAUUGAGGCAUCGCAACAUAAAUCCGGCGUAAGACUGUAUCGAAAUGAAAUAUGAGGAAGAGGAUUUCAACCUACUAGAAAUUUACAACGAAAAUGAUUUGUUUUGUAUAUAGAGAAACUCAUGUUGGACGAUAGAAUAUAACUGUUUAAUGAAA